GGCACCAUGUUUCUAUGUGCCUUGAAGUACGUCAAGCUUACUACUCCUGCCCGCUUCUAGUCGCCACCAGGUGGGGGGAUUCGCACAAAUGCACGCGUCGGCGGGCCCAUACAAACGCCGCCGCGCCAGCCAUCGACCUGGUGGGAAGUAGGCAGAUCCUUAGGGUAUUACGACAUACCUCGGGCAUAGGUAUAUAAGCCCGGGCAUCUCGUGGACUUCAUUUCUACACCAUCUGCUCCAGUCCUCUUCACUGCAACAGCUAGUAUUACUCUUAUACUCCUCAACUCAAAGCAACCAUGACGUCGUCCAACCACCCCGAAUCCUACACCGCAUACGCCUUCACUGAGAAGGGGGGCGAACUGUCCAGAAUCACCGUCCCCUGGAAGGAUCCCAAGGACGGCCAAGUCGUCGUCAAAGUGAUCGCGUGCGGUGUCUGCGGCAGCGAUGAGCAGGUCCCAAAGGCAAUCUACCCCAUCCAGUACCCGAGAAUCCCAGGCCACGAGAUCAUCGGCGACGUCGUCGCGAUCCCUCCGAACGAGACGAAAUGGAAGGUUGGCGACCGCAUCGGCGGCGGCUGGCAUGGAGGCCACUGCCACGAAUGCGCGCGCUGCCGCGUCGGCGACUACAUAACUUGCGAAAACGCCGCUAUCAACGGUAUUUCGAUGGAUGGAGGGUACGCUGAGUACGCGACCUUGCGUACUGAGGCUGCCGUGCGCGUUCCCAAGGACAUGGACCCCUACGAGGCCGCUCCACUUCUCUGCGCUGGUAUCACCGUAUUCAACUCCCUCCGCCAUAUGAACGUUACACCCCCUGAGGUCGUCGCCGUGCAGGGUAUUGGUGGCCUCGGGCACAUCGCUCUCCAGAUUGCCCGCCGGAUGGGUUUCCGUACAGUCGCCCUGUCCUCGAGCGGAUCGAAGAAGGCGCUCGCGCACGAGCUCGGCGCACACGAGUACAUCGACAGCUCAAAAGUCGACCAGGCAGAGGAGCUGCAAAAGCUUGGAGGCGCGAAAGUCAUCAUGUGCACCGCGCCCAACGCGAAGGUUAUCGAAGGGCUCCUCCCCGGUCUCGCUGUUGAUGGCACGCUGCUGCUCCUCGCUUUGGAGGACGCCCCUAUAACCAUCUCACCUCUCUCCAUGCUCGGAAAGCGGCUGUCCAUCAGAGGAUGGGUAUGCGGUCACGCGGUUGACAGCGAGGAUAUGCUCCAGUUUGCUCGUGACCACGACGUUGGGGUCAUGGUUAGCAAGUUCCCCCUCGACAAGUCGCAAGAGGCCUAUGAACAUCGCGCUUCUGCGCGGUUCCGAGUUGUGAUUGUUCCCGAUCUGCCAUAGAUAAAAGACUGCUGCCACUAGUGCUAGGCCUCUCCUUUCUACGCACAAUGGACUUGAAUGU